AUGGCACAACCACUGGACAUGGGCGCGCUACGCUUAGAUGAUCAUGAUGUCGAUGAUGAAUACGACGACAUCCCCUACGAGGAAGAAGACAUCGACUACGACAUGGACAUUGAUCUUGGACCGACUCCUUCCAAAGGUAGUGCGCCUCGUCCAGAAACGUCAGAGUCGCGUGAGGCUGCUUUACGCAAGGAGCUGGACAGCGUGCGACAGAUCAACAAGGUCAUCGAAGAUGUUGUCAUGAGUCUGGAGAAAGCAAAGGGCAAUAUGGAUAAUGUCAAUCGCACUGUGCACUCGGCCUCUACCCUUCUCGAUACUUGGACGCGCAUUCUCUCGCAGACCGAACACAAUCAACGUCUACUCCUGAACCCGAAUUGGCAAGGCGCUACUCAAGAUUUGCAAGACAUCGAGAAUGAGUCCUUCGUGCGCCAGCAACAAGCAGAGAGACGCGCUGCCGAGGACCAAGCUAGAAGAGAGGCCACUCAAAGACGUGCCGAAGAAGAGGAGAGAAGAAAGGCUGCUCCCCCACCCGCAACUCGUGGCUCAAGACCCAGAGGCAGACUUGGCACUGCAUCGAGUCGUCUGACUGGACAACCGCCGUCUACCUCUACAUCGACUCCUGGCUAUGUGGGUGUUGGCGGUCAAGCCGGCCGAGGAAGAGGCGUCCCCAGAGCUGGCAGCGGUAUAGGCAGAGGCAGCGUCCGAGGUUCUAUCAGGGGUCGUGCUCAUAAGUGA